AUGCCUAAGCAAGUAGAAGUGCGGAUGCAUGAAAGUCAUUUAAGCCCAGUGGAGCACAGAUCCAGGAACAUAUGUGUGCAGUUCUGUCAGUCCCUCCACAGGAAUCUACUCCUGACUCUUACUGUGUUCGGUGUCAUCCUGGGUGCACUGUGUGGGGGUCUUCUUCGUCUAGCAACACCUAUUGACCCUGACAUCAUCAUGUUAAUAGCCUUCCCAGGAGAUAUACUUAUGAGGAUGCUAAAAAUGCUGAUCCUCCCUUUAAUUAUCUCCAGUUUAAUCACAGGACUGUCUGGUUUAGAUGCUAAAGCAAGUGGCCGAUUGGGUACAAGAGCCAUGGUCUACUACAUGUCCACCACUAUUAUUGCUGCUGUGCUGGGUGUGAUUUUGGUUUUAGCCAUCCAUCCAGGGAAUCCGAAACUCAAGAAACAGCUUGGUCAAGGGAAGAAGAAUGAUGAAGUAUCUAGUUUGGAUGCUUUCUUGGAUCUGAUCCGAAACCUGUUCCCUGAAAAUCUAGUCCAAGCUUGCUUUCAGCAGAUCCAAACUGUCACUAAGAAAGUGCUGGUGCCACCACCCAUUGAAGAAACAACUAAUGUCACUGACUCUGCCUUUGCUAUGAUGAAUGAGACAUUGCGCGAAGCACCACCAGAAGCCCAGCUGGUCAUUAAGAAGGGACUUGAAUUUAAGGAUGGCAUGAAUGUCCUGGGUUUGAUAGGAUUCUUUAUUGCUUUUGGCAUUGCUAUGGGGAAAAUGGGAGAACAGGCCAAGAUCAUGGUGGAUUUCUUCAACAUCCUGAAUGAGAUUGUAAUGAAGUUAGUAACUAUGAUCAUGUGGUAUUCCCCUUUGGGCAUUGCUUGCCUCAUCUGUGGAAAAAUCAUUGCAAUCAAGGACUUAGAAGUAGUUGCUAGACAACUUGGCAUGUACAUGGUCACUGUAAUUGUGGGUCUUCUCAUCCAUGGAGGGAUCUUCCUGCCUCUGCUCUACUUUGUGAUAACAAGGAAAAGCCCAUUUUCAUUCCUUGCUGGGAUUUUCCAGGCAUGGAUCACAGCACUAGGCACAGCUUCCAGUGCUGGAACAUUACCUGUCACAUUCCGGUGCCUUGAAGAAAAUCUAGGUAUUGAUAAGCGUGUAACAAGGUUUGUUCUCCCCGUUGGAGCAACUAUUAACAUGGAUGGAACUGCCCUUUAUGAAGCUGUGGCUGCCAUCUUCAUAGCACAGAUGAAUGGAAUUGAGUUGGAUGGAGGCCAGAUAGUUACUGUGAGUUUGACUGCCACCCUUGCAAGUGUUGGAGCUGCCAGUAUUCCCAGCGCAGGACUCGUCACUAUGCUUCUGAUCCUUACUGCAGUGGGUCUCCCUACCCAGGACAUCAGUUUGCUUGUUGCUGUUGACUGGCUUUUGGACCGGAUGAGAACGUCAGUCAAUGUAGUAGGGGAUUCUUUUGGUGCUGGCAUUGUCUACCACCUUUCCAAGGCAGAACUUGACACCAUUGAUUCCCAUCAUAAAGGGCACGAAGACAUUGAAAUGACCAAGACUCAGUCAGUUUAUGACGACAUGAAAAAUCAUAGGGAAAACAACUCAAACCAAUGUGUUUUUGCAGCUCACAACUCAGUCAUAGUAGAUGAGUGCAAGGUAACACUGGCAACGAAUGGCAAAUCUGCAGACUUCAGUGUUAUUGAAGAAGAGCCUUGGAAACAUGAAAACUAG